UGUUGAUCUUCGAGUAGUUAAAUGUAUCGGAUGUAACUUAUUUGCAAUCAUUUUUACAGGAUGAAGAGCGUUUUUCUAAGGUUGUUGCGCUUUGUUUUAGUUCUUCUAGGCUCGCAUCACGUGUAUGGAAAGAAAGAAAGGAAGAGAUCAAACUGGGUAGCGCCCAGACCCCACAUCAUCAUGAUCGUCGCUGAUGAUCUGGGCUGGGAUGACGUCAGUUUUCACGGAUCGCCCCAGAUCCCUACUCCACACAUCGACAAACUGGCCAACGGUGGAGUGAUCCUUAACAGUUAUUAUGUAUCACCGAUUUGUACUCCUACCCGGGCCUCUCUCAUGACUGGAAAACACCCGGUCAAUUUAGGAAUUCAGCAUGCUACCAUAUUUGGCACGCAACCGUACGGUCUUCCGUUAGGUGUGGCUACCACCCCUCAGUACCUUAAAGCACUUGGGUACAGGACACAUGGCGUGGGCAAGUGGCAUUUGGGAUUCUUCGAAAAGGAAUACACUCCACCCUACCGCGGCUUUGAGACCUACUAUGGAUUUUGGAAUGGAAAAGAAGACUACUGGGACCACUCCUCACAGGAAGACGUAUGGGGGACAGAUCUCAGAGAUAACAUGAAGCCUGUGAAGAACGAAACCGGCCAUUAUGGAACAGAAUUGUUUGCAGAAGUGGCUGAACGAAUCAUUGAUACUCACAACAAGUCUGAACCACUAUAUCUGUAUCUUGCUCAACAAGGAGUUCACUCAGCCAAUGGUAACGAGCCCCUGCAAGCACCAGAAAGACUUGUUAAUAAAUUUCAGGAUAUUAUAAUGGACGACAGAAGGACGUAUGCUGGGAUGGUAGCUUCAUUGGACGAGUCCGUUGGAAACAUAACGAAAGCUCUUAAAAGGAAUGGAAUGUUUGAUAACUCUGUGAUCGUUUUCACAACCGACAAUGGAGGCGCUCCGAGAGGAUUCAACUGGAAUCAAGGCUGUAACUACCCUCUAAAAGGAGGUAAAGACACAUUCUGGGAGGGAGGGGUCCGUGGAGUGGGAUUUGUGCAUAGCAACCUGAUCAAAAACAGAGGCCGUGUCAGUUAUGACUUGAUUGACGUCACAGAUUGGUUACCAACCUUCUAUCAUCUGGCUGGAGGUGACGUCAACAAGAUAAAAGACAAGAUUGAUGGCGUAAAUGUGUGGGAUACAAUAGCGAAUGGAAAGAAAUCUCCAAGAAAGGAGGUCCUCCACAACAUUGAUCCCAUCCGUAAAUUUGCAGCCAUUCGAGUAGGUGACUACAAGCUGAUUAUUAAUCAGGACGCUGUAUUCAACACAACCUGGCAUCCGCGUUACGAAGUCGAGGGAGGACUGGACUCUCUUUCCCAGCCCUCUACGUUGCCCGGUGCUGUUAUUAAGUGUGGUAAGCGGCCCAGGGGCAAAAAGGAUGCUUGUGACACCAAUGAAUUUCCCUGUUUGUUCAACGUUAGAAAAGAUCCCUGCGAGUAUAGAAAUCUUGCGCACAUUCACCUUCCAAAAGUUAGGAGGCUCCUUCGUAGACUCAUUCAUUACCAGAAAAAUGCCCUUCCCGUGUGGUUCCCUGAGAGGGACCCUACCGCCAGCCCUGCAGAUCACGGAGGUUACUGGGGCCCAUGGAAAUCCUCAAAAGGUAACAAGGUUAUCUUACAAAGGGUUCUCGACUCCAUCCCGUCUGCGGUGAAUGCGAAGAAGCACUCAUCUCAAAUAAACAGCACUGUCACUACGACGAGGAUUGGAAAGGUGUUCAGCACACACGAAGAACACGACAAAGGAGUCUAUCAGAUGUUGAAGUCAAUUUUAAAAAUUACAAAUGCAGGAAAGAAGGUUCAGAUUCCUCGUAACGGCCAUUUGAUGAAGGAGUCGUUAGCUUUGUUGUAUGCCAAGAUGAAACAGAAAACGCAAGAGGACGACUUGAUGCACAAAUUGCAAAUGAUAAAGAAAGCAUUAAUAGCCGAGGAUGGUGUUGUUAAGUCAAACAAAGGAGGGAAGGAGACUUUAGCCACUAAAUUAAGCCAUAUUGACACGUCUUCAGUUAUUAGGAAGUUAGAAAAAAUCGUGAAUAAACCUCGCAAGGUGGAGAAACAAGGAACACGAAGAACAGAAAUAGGAAACAUUGCAAUUAGAGAUGACGAAAUUUUAAAAAGUAAACCUGAGAACUCCUCAGCUGACGAUAGUGAUUCGAUAGACGACGAUCAAUAUCCAGAAGGGAUGUCCUCUUUGAGGGUAACAUCAAACGCUGAACAAAAUAAUGGCGAUGACGAUGAUUUAAUGAAUAUCAGUGCAGACAUUGACACUACUGACCCAGCAGAUAGUGUAAGUGAUUCGCUGGAGGACUCUUCAAACGAAUACCCUGCCAGUGAAGGUCAAACAUCCGCAACAGGAUCUGAAAUGGAAUUUUUGGAAAGCAAUCGCACCGCUGAUGAAUAG